GAACUACUGGUAAGAAUAAUGGAACUGGCAUUGGGUGUUCCUGAGAGUAUAUAAUGGUCCGUCUAGAAAGUGGAUCCCAUUACCAUUCAUUUGGCAAACAAUGAGUUGACAAAAGGCAAACGAAGAAGACUCACUACGCAGAUAGUUCUUUAGCUGUGAAUGAGUGAGUUGAAAUCUGAAUCUGAAUAUCCUUCAAAUUUGAUCUGAUACUGAUAAGCAGCAUGGCGGGUCGUAGAGACGCAUUGCUCACCAGAGAAAAAGGCCAAUCAUCACUUGGAUCUCGAAUCGUCGUCGCCGUCGUCAUCGGCGUUCUCCUCGGCUGCCUCUUCGCCUUCUUCUCUCCCAACGGCUUCUUCACUUCCACUCCUCACAUCCACAACCCUAAGAUGGGUUUAUCUGCGUGUGAAUCGCCGGAACAAAUUGAUGCACUGAAAGUUGAUAUUCUAUCGGCGAAGGAGAAGAAUAUGGAGCUGAAAAAGGAGGUGAAGGGUCUUAUGGAAAGGCUGCGUAUGGCUGAGCAAGGAAAGGGUCAUGCACAGGAACAGUUUGUUGUGCUUGGUGAGAACCACAAGGCUGGUCCGUUUGGCACUGUCAAGGCUCUCAGAACCAAUCCACCUGUUAUUCCUGAUGGAUCUGUGAACCCUAGAUUGGCCAAGAUCUUGGAGGAAGUUGCUAUUUAUAAGGAACUCAUUGUUGUACUUGCUAACUCUAAUGUGAAAGAGAUGUUGCAGCUAUGGUUCACUAGCAUUAAGAAGGUUGGGAUACCAAAUUAUUUGGUUGUUGCUUUGGAUGACAACAUUGAAGAAUUCUGCAAAUUGAAUGAUGUUCCAGUAUAUAGAAGAGCUCCUGAUCAAGACGUUGAUGUGGUUGGUAAGAUUGGCGGUAACCAUGCUGUUUCAGGAUUGAAAUUUCGUAUUUUGAGAGAAUUUCUGCUACUGGGUUACAGUGUUCUUCUCUCGGAUGUUGAUAUUGUGUACCUGCAGAACCCCUUUGAUUAUAUUUAUAGGGACUCGGAUGUGGAGUCUAUGUCUGAUGGUCACAAUAAUAUGACAGCUUAUGGGUAUAAUGAUGUCUUUGAUGAACCUUCGAUGGGUUGGGCUCGGUAUGCUCAUACCAUGAGAAUAUGGGCUUAUAACUCUGGUUUCUUUUACAUUAGGCCUACUCUUCCUUCGAUUGAGCUCUUAGAUCGAGUAGCUGCCCGGAUUUCUAAAGAAGACCCUAAACCGUGGGAUCAGGCAGUUUUUAAUGAAGAGCUCUUUUUCCCUUCGCAUCCAGGUUAUGAUGGGCUUCAUGCUGCCAAAAGAACAAUGGAUAUGUACCUUUUUAUGAACAGUAAGGUUCUAUUUAAGACAGUCAGAAAAGAUGCAAAACUUAAGAAGUUGAAGCCAGUGAUUGUACAUGUUAACUACCAUCCUGAUAAAUUUCCAAGGAUGAAGGCAAUAGUUGAUUUUUAUCUCAAUGGGAAACACGAUGCAUUGGAUCGUUUCCCAGAUGGUUCUGAUUAAUAGGAACAUUAGAAUAAAUAUUGUUCUAACACGGGAAGGAUUUAUAUGCUGCUCCAAUUGAUGUGAUACAGAGGCAAUCAUUUUAGUUCACCUCCCAGGAUCAGUUUUUAUCUCAAUGCACUUUCUGUAUUCUGUUUUCCCACUUGUGUGUUGUACGAUUAUCAAACAAAUAUUCUGUACCCUUUGUAUGCUCUCAACAUUGUAUAUGUUUUUCUACUUUGUAACGAGUUGAAAUUCAA